CGGUACAGAACGCUGCGCCUUUUUCACCGCCAUUGGCAACUGUAGUUACAAGUGGUAGAGACAGAUAAAACAUUUUUACCAACGACAAUGAGCUGAUUUAUCGUCAAAGAGGGGCCUUCCGUGAACGCUGACAUGGCUGACGACAUAGACGACCUCCUGGACGAGGUGGAGACGAAGUUUCUUGAGAAGAAGGAGAAAUCUGGAGGUGUCGCCAAGAAGGCGAAGACGCCGGUGUCUAAAACAAAUCCGAAUGUCCCAUCCAGGAAGAAGUCAACAGGUGACGCUGACCUAGAUGCCAUGAUAGAUGACAUCUGUGAAGCACCUGAACCUCUGGAACCAUUAGUGGACAAGGCACCAGCUCAGAACUCCCCCAGGACUCCAAGAGGAGCAGAAGGGAAAAGAAGAUGUGCAGUGCUGUACCUAGGAGGAAGCAAGCAUGCCAUGGGCCUGGGCAGCAGUAUGAACCAAAGAUCAUGUGAUCAGCUACGCUGUACGGACUGUGACUUUCGCGUCGUGUUUUAUGACAACUAUGAGUGGGAUGCUUCGUGCGAGUACCUGUUCUUCAGAAAUAACGUCCCUGAUUUCGGUAAACUCAAGGCCAAACUUAACAAAAGAAAAGGAAGCAGGGCCUAUGCUUGCCAGUGCAAGUGGACAUCAGUGCAAGACCUUGUAGACAUUCAGAAGAAAACAGACUUCAAAUGGGUCUGUGGAAAACAUGCCUCCUAGCAGGAUAGCAGGGAACUGCAAGUUUAGUCAGUACUGGGGAAUAGACCCAUCCUAGGUGUCCAUGACAAUUAUCAGUUCAGCCAAUGAGAGAGUGGUAGCUUAGUGAUUUGACCAAUGAGAGAGUGGCUGCAUUUCUAUAAUGUUUUUUGUGAUCAGAAAGUAGAGGUGGACAGGGCCAUGAUACUAUGACCCCCUCCUGCUUCUUCAAAAUGUAGAAAUGCAAUAUAGAAACAUAAAAAAAUGCAGCCACUCUCUCAUUGGUCAAACUAGUAAUUAGGAUUCUCUCAUUGGUUGAAAUGCUAAUUGUGAUGGACAGUCAGUUUGGGGCUAUUGGUGGGGCCAAACUGAAAAUAUCCUGGUAAAAAACAGGAAAUGUUCAUGUCUAAUGAAAGCAUUGUUACUUGCUGGAGGGCAGACCAAUCUAUUUACCUUUAUCUGUAAAGUGUAUAUUCAACUGAACAUUCCAUAAGAACUAUUGGUACCCGAGUCAUGUGUCAAUCACUUCAGCCUAAGAAAUGGUGUAGUGUUCUGUAAUGUCCUAUAGACCAAUCUUGACUGUCCAUCACAAUUAGCCAUUUUAACCUUAACCAAUGAGAGGAUGGCAAUUAGUGGUUUGACCAAUGAAAAAGUGGCAGCAUGUCCAUCCAGUGUGUGACUGUUUAACUUGCACUCUAUGUUUUCUGUGUUUUCAUUUUGCAUUCCCACGUUUAGCUGGGGACGCAUGUUGCUAUGGAGUUGGUGUAUUGAUGAUACUAUCGUAUAGACAAUGUUUUCUUUUCCUUGGCUUGAUGCACCUCAGGUUUCAAACAAACCGUAGAUACUUCUCACUUCUUCACACCACUGUGCCUGUACAUACAUGAUCUAAACUUGAAGAAAAGGACCAAAAUGUAUACAUCACCGGCAAUUGUGAAUGUGCAAAUGUAUAGUUAAACUGUUAGUCAUUUGGUAGAAAGUUAAAACGAAUGCUGCUAUUGGUGAUGUAGUGUAGUUUGGUAAUGCCACAGUCCUAGUCAUGCAGAUUU